AUGGCAAUCAUCAAAAAGUGGAACAAAAGCAAAAAGGAAGCUAAAGCUCAGAUCUCUUCGUCGUCAAUAAACGGCUCCCAAGAGCACUCUACUUCAGCUUCAGCUUCCCCCGCUACCUCAAGCCCAAAGUCUUCGGAAGUUGGCUCUGCCCAUGGCCAAGCACAACCAUCUUCUGCUCCAACUUCACCUGAAACUCCACAUACCCAUAGAGGAACAAAUGCUCCCUCCGGGUCAGGAACUGAUGACUUAAAGUCUCCAACCAGUAACUACUCAGACAACUCAGCUGCAACAAGUAUGCUUAAUACAAAAUCUUCAAACUCGGGCUUUGGAGGGUAUCCCCAAGGCUCACAACAGCAACAAGGCCAGCAACAAGGCCAACAACAAUAUUAUGACUCCUCAUAUAACCCAAAUGGAUCUCAUCAGGUUAUUUACUCUAAUAAUAACAAUAAUCCUGGAGGACCUGGAAACAAUAAACAGGGUCCUUCUCAAGGUUACCAAAACCAUCCAAAUCUCAAUGGUCAUGGUUAUCCUAAUCAACAGCAACAGCAACAGCAACAGCAACAGCAACAGCAACAGCAGCAACGAAUGAACCCACAACAACCUCAUCCACAAAGUUCUAUGCAGAGCAUUCAUCAACAGAAAUACCCAUAUCUGGGACCUCAACAGCAACAGCAACAACAGCAUCAGCAUCAGCAACAACAGCCUCAGCCUCAGCCUCAGCCUCAGCCCCAGCCCCAGCCUCAGACACAGCAGAAGCAUCAACAACAGCAAUAUCCUCAGCAGAAAUUGCAACCCCCGGUGCAAAUCCAACAACGCUCACAAUAUGCUCCUGGAAACCCUGGUCCACAGAAUUGGAAUGGACAACAGCAACAAAAGCCUAUGCAACAAGCUCAACCACAGGGUCAACCGGGACACCAGCAGCAACAGCAGCAGCAGCAACAACUUGGUCCGCAGCAAGGUCCACAGCAGGGUCCAUCUCAACAAGUUAUUCAACAGCAGCAACAACCACUUCUUCAACAACAACAACAACAACCCCUUCAACCUCAGCCUCAACCUCAACCUCAACAGCCUCAGCUUCAACAACAAGCUUCCCAACAAGGCCUUAUGCCCCAGUACCCCUGGUCCCAAAGAUAUAUUUCAAACGCUUCCCCCUUCCCUCGUUAUGGCCAUGCUGCUAACCACAUUGCAGCCCGUGAUGGUGAAGUUUUCGUCAUGGGAGGCCUCAAGGGUUCAAACGUUUUUGGCGAUCUUUGGGUCAUUGAAACUGAUACUCUUACAGGAUAUCUUCUAGAAACUGAAGGAUGCCCUAGCCCCCGAGUCGGCCAUUCAGCCCUUUCUCUCGGAAACGCCUUUAUCGUUUUUGGUGGUGACACUAAAAUUGAGGAAACAGAUGUUCUUGAUGACAAUCUUUACCUCCUCAAUACAAACACUCUCAAAUGGACUGUCCCUAACCCUGUUGGCCCGAGACCCUCGGGCCGUUAUGGCCAUACAAUCUCUACCAUUGGCUCUACCCUUUACGUUUUUGGUGGCCAACUUGAUGAUUACUUUUUUAAUGAUCUGAUUGCUUAUGACCUUUCCACCCUUCAAUCUCCAGAAACUAAAUGGACUUUUAUCCGUCCCUCAGGUCCUUCCCCACCCCCUCGCACAAACCACACUGUAGUCACUUUUGAGGAUAAACUAUACCUUUUUGGUGGCACAGACGGAAAACUCUGGUAUUGCGAUACUUGGUGCUACGAUCCUCGCAAAAACUCUUGGACAGAACUUGAUUGCGCAGGGUACAUUCCCUCGCCUUGCGAAGGUCAUUCUGCAACAAUUGUUGGAGAUAUUAUGUACAUUUUUGGUGGCCGGUCUUCUGAUGGAAAAGACCUGGGUUAUUUGUCUGCCCUCAAGAUUGCCUCGCGUAAAUGGUUUAGCUUCCAAAAUAUGGGACCUGGACCCACUCCUCGCUCAGGUCAUACUAUGAGCGCCUUUGCUGGCCACAAGAUUCUUAUUAUGGGCGGCGAGUCACCGGAAUUUGAUGACCAGGAUAUUACACCAACAAACACUGUUUACGUUUUGGACACAUCGCGCAUUAAUUAUCCGCCCUCAGCUAGCGAGUCUGCAGCAGGAGGUGUAAGAACUGGUGCAGCGACAACUCCAAGACAAGUAGAUGAUACUCAUGGAGAACUGCACGAACCUCAACAAGAGUCUCAGCAUGUACAGCCUCAGCAACAACAACAACAACAACAACAACAACAACAACAAAAUGUACAGCAACAAGUUGAUAAGCCAGAAUCAAGAGAGUUAGAUGGCAUUAAAGCAGUUCACCCGGAGGUUGUGACUGUGGCUGCUGCGACAGGACAAUCUUCUGAUGUUACCCCUAUCCUUACCCCUAUGCUCAUCAAAAGUCAGGAAGAGCCUAAAGAAGAUGCGGAAGAGUCUGUUCUUGUAACAGCUCUUUCUGAACUUAAACAAGAAGUCGAGGAGGUUCGUGAGAACCUCAAAGAACAAACUCUCGAAGCGUCACAGAAAAUUUCAGCUGUUGAAGCCGAACGCGACGAAGCACUUUCUCGUAUCAAAGUUUUAGAACAACAGUUACAAUCGGAAGGUUCACUUUCAACUAUUGGUGUUACUUCGCGGACUAUUCUUGAUGCAGACCCGAACCUUGAAAAAGUCAUGGCUAAGAAUGUAAGCUUGGAACAACAAGUCCACGAUUUAUCUGAUAAAUUGAUUUUGGCCAACCACGAAUCAUCCCUACUCAAGACCCAACUAGAAGACAUUCAGGGGCGGUUUAAAGUGAUUGAGGAUUCUACUGAGAGCCAUGUGAGCACACUAACUGCAGCAACUCUAACUUUGACUACAACCCAAUCACACCUUGCGGAAACUGAUAGGAUCUUGACAGCCAAGAAUGAAGAGUGCACAAGAGUUGUAGCAGAAAACGCGAGUCUCAAAUCCGAGCUGGAGUCUACCAGGGCUCAACUUGAAAUCUCACAGAAACAGCUCGAGGAAAGUAAGCAGUUUGCUUCAGGAAUUGUUGCAGAGAGUCAACGGAAUGUUGAUACUCUUAGCUCGAAUGUAGCAUCAAUUGCAGCCAUGUGGGCAGGCGCCAAGAUGUUUCAAAGGGUGAAAUCAUCCUCUCCGUCGGCUCGUGGUCUUGAUGAUGAAGAAGAGGACGGUGACAGUGAGACUGGAUUGUUACGACGACAGAUUGAAGAAGUUACUGCCAUGUACAAGAGCCAGCAAAAGACAAGUGCGGACGCAACGCGUGACCUAGCUCUGAUCAUGGACCAGGUUGCGGAUUUGAAGCAGCAAGUGGCCGAGUCCGAUACUCUGGUUAAGACGCUGCAAGAAAAGCUAGAUACAGCUGAGCAGGAUCUGACUAUACACCAAACACAACAACGUCAAUCUUCAGAGGAAAGCGAUGGUCGUGUUGCAACGCUUGAAUCACAGCUGGUGCGGUUGAAGCAAGAUAUGGCUGAAUACGAUGAAAAGUAUCGUGCGCUAGAAAGCGAGCACGACACAUCAUUGCAGUAUACCAACACAUCCGAAAAGGCCUUGCUUAAGACGCGUGAGGACUUGGCCAAGUAUAAAGAUCAGAAUGCUAAACUUCAGGAAGAAGUCAACAACCUAAAGCUUCAAAUAAAGGAUGAUGAUGAUGAAGCCGGGUCUGUGGGAGACAGCGAUAGCGUUACACGGAGCCUGACUUCUGGAGCUGGUGGUAGUGGGCGUUGGAACUCGCGGCAAAUUGAUUUGCAACUUCGUGAUUUGCGUGCACAGAUUAUUAUUUUGCAAGAGGAGCGGGAUGAUUUGCGUGGCAAGUCAUUGGAUCUGAAAAAGAAGCUGAUUACCCAAGAUGAAGAGCUGAAGGAUGCUCAGGAUCAAAUUGAGCGGUUGACCCGAGAGCGGCGGGCUCUUGGAGGUAGUGCGGUUUCAAUUUCCAAUAUUAAGACGUCACCAAGGACGCUCCAGAAUCACCCAAGCACACCGCCACGGUCAAACGGUAGCGGGUCCACGAGUGGUGGUCUAGGAGGGGGGAUUUACGAGACCCCAUUAGAGCGGCUGGCAGGGGCGGCGGCAGCAUCUGCUCAGUCGCCAGAAAGUCCAGUACACCCUGAGGAAGCUGACCAGACGCUGAGUGACUUGUCGAGCGAGCUGGAUCGGUUGCGGGAUGAAAGAGAACGAUUGAGCGGGGUGAUUAGCAAUAACGCAGCGACGGUUGGACAAAACGUGCAAGCGGUUCAGGCUACGAGUUCAGGAAAUUGA